CUUGCUUCCCCUUCGCGGCGUCCCGCUCUCCCUUCAUCUGGAGCUGCCUAAGGGAACGGCCGGAAGUCUGUCCGCGACGACACAGGAAGUCCCGCCUUUUCCUCCCAGAGGGAAGACGGUGAGCCGGAGGAGUCAGUCAGAGGGACCAGCAGGAGCGAUUCCGUGGGCAAACAGGUUGUAAGUGUCAGUUAACCCUACUUUGACACAAGAAGCGUCAGCAGGACUUUAUUGAGUAUGGAUUCUGAGAACAAGCCUGAGAGUGAUGAGGAUGAACAUGCUGACAAGGCAGCACCAGAUGUGAGAAGUCGCUCACCCCUUGGUGACAGGCAUGGGCCUGUCUCUGAGAUAACAACUUCCUCUGAGACUCUUAUGAACAAAAGAGGUUUUUCGGAAUCGUCCAGCUUCAACAGCGUCACCGUGGGAGAUGGCAGUGACCGUGCUUCCAAGCGCAUGCGAGGAGAGGCAGCGCAGCCCCGGGAGGCUGGGGCGCAGGGCGCCUGCUCGGGCCCUCCCCAGAGCUCAGCUGUGGAAGCUGGUAUCCAGUUAGCCGAGGGAGGAAAGGAGGCCUCCGUGGAGAACUGCGCAGUUGGAGGGAUAGCUCUUCCAAAUGACUUUGCCCCUUGUGACUUUAGCGCAGUUGAUGCCCUUUCUCUGAAAACAAACACAAAAAGAAACCUUGCUCAGGAAACGGUUUCCCUUGAUCCAGAAAGAGACUCUCCUUUUCCCCUGAAAGAAAUGGGUGUCAACACAGCUCUCAAGUGCACCAUGUGUGGCCACUUGUUUUCUUCUUGCUCUGAUUUGGAAAAGCAUGCUGAAUGCCAUGUGGAGCAGGUUGAGGAGCACACCUGCUGUCACUGUAGCCACACGGCUGAGAGCAGCUCAACCCUUCACAUGCAUGUCAGACACACACAUGGGCCACAGAGAACCUUUUCUUGUGAUCUUUGUGGCUUUCAGUGUGUGGAAGAAAAUCUGUUGAACGCACAUUAUCUCGGCAAAACACAUCUCCGGCGUCAGAAUCUUGCUGCUCGAGGAGGAUUUGUACAAAUAUUAACAAAACAACCUUUUCCUAAAACGUGUGUCACAGGAACAAAGACUGUUCGAGUAAAACCAAGAGCUUCUAAAUCAAUAGCAAAGAAUGGGGAUUCAGAAGGAUUACGGAGUAUUGAGAGCAGAUUGAACGACUGUGGAGGAAGCAUUCUGGAGCAGGGCGGAGGUCGUCGUGAGCUCCUUGUUGAAAUGGCUCCAUCUAGGACUACUGCCCCGUCGGGAAACUCGGCCGAAGCUGGAGAAAGUGUUACUUCCCUUGGCACAGCUCAUAAUCCUGAAGACCAGAGCAAAAAGCUAGGAGGCUCAGCAACUCCAGAGAGCCUCUUGGAUCAGUCAGAAUCUACCAGAAGUAUUUCACAGACAGGACAUAGAAUCAGUACCUCUUUGAGGUCAAGAUCUGAGCGAAAUGUAACGUUGGGUAAUAGCUUCCGCCGGCGAAGUAGUGCUUUCACUUUGAAAGGCCAGGCAAAGAAAAGGUUUAGUCUUUUAGGAGUUAACAAAAGAGGCACAAAUGAAACUCAGAGGAUGUAUAUGAAACACUUGAGAACACAGAUGAAAACAGGCGACGCACAGCCAUUGCCCAGUCAGGUGCACAUGAGCAGCAGCAUUCAGAACCUGUGUGUGACUACCUCAGCUCACCCAGAAGUGACAGCCUCCUGUCUUCCUGGUUCCACACACCUGGACUCCCGAGCAGUGCAGUCAGCUUCUGACCCCCAUAUUUCAUAUACCUGUACAGACUGUGGUCAGACAGCUGCAAACAGGACAGACUUGGAGAUCCACAUGAAAAGGUGCCCUGCAAAGGAGGUGAAAUUCUGCUGCCAGCCUUGUGACUUUUCUGGUCUGUCGAGGAGGGACUUCGAGGAGCCUGUGUCCAGUAAGCAGCACCAGCAGGCUUCUUCAGCCCUCAGCUGCCAGUGCUGUUCCUUUCUGUCCACGGAUGAAAUCAGCCUUAGAGACCAUAUGAAGGACAAGCAUGGCAUGAGCUGUUUUUGCACCUCUUGUCGCCUGUUCUUGUCCGAGAAAGGUGUGGAGGAGCACAGGGCAUCUGAGCAGCAUCAGGGAGGAGGAGUUCGACCAGAGACCUCUUCCUUGUUGGGCAGUGACGCCGCCUCACUUUCGAGGACUUCGGAGUUGGAAAACACGAGAGCUCCCGGGGAUGAGUCAGGGAAAGCAGCUCAGGAGCAGCAUGCUAGGUCAAGGGCAAGCCACGGGAACGAAGUGAGGCAUUCAAGUAAGCCCCAGUUUCAGUGCAAGAAGUGUUUCUAUAAGACGAGGUCAUCCACCGUUCUCACAAGACACAUCAAACUUCGGCAUGGUCAGGACUAUCACUUCCUUUGUAAGGCAUGUAAUCUUUAUUCAUUGAGUAAAGAAGGAAUGGAGAAACACAUUAAAAGGAGUAAACAUCUUGAAAAUGCAAAGAAAAACAAUAUUGGCCUAAGCUUUGAAGAAUGUAUUGAAAGGGUUUGUAUCGGGCCAAAUGAUAAAAGAGAAGAGUCUAACAUUGCCGGAAGGGGAAGGCCUGAAGGCCACGUCGGCACGCAGUCACAGGAGUGCUCCUGUCCUGAGGAGAACACUCUCUCUCCUGAGGAACUGGCCCAGUCGGGUGUCCUCUCCAAAGAUGGUGAGCUAUCCUUGGCUGCUCCUCCAAAGAGAGGGAGACCCAAAGGUAACAUUUCACGAACGUGUUCACACUGUGGUCUCUUGGCCUCUAGUAUUACAAACCUGACUGUCCACAUCAGACGUAAGCACAGUCACCAGUAUAGUUACUUAUGCAAAGUAUGUAAGUAUUAUACUGUAACUAAGGGAGACAUGGAGCGUCAUUGUGCCACGAAGAAGCAUAAAGGACGGGUAGAAACAGAAGCAAAUGGGACACAAAGUUCAGAUGUAAUUGUUGGUCCCGAAGGGGGAGACCUUGAAGCCUGUAAGAAGAGCAGUCAUUUAGCCAUGACUGUCUCUGAUGAUCAGGAUCACAAGUGCGCCGAGCCAGAGUCUUCUGUUUCAGAAAAGCCAGUGGGGGACCAUGGGAACUCAGUUGAAGUUGAGGUUGAAAAUGUGUUUCCUUGUGGAGAAGGAGAAGCGAGCAGCCAUGUCACUGGUAAAAAGGGACAGCCAUCUCUUGAGCCAGAGGACUUUCUUCAGGAGGGGGACGCCUAUUCCCAGAGAGAUGCUGCAGGUGCCAGUGACAAUAAAUGUCGGCACUGUGAGUUCAGUGCUCACUCUUCGGCUUCUCUAGAGCUGCAUGUGAAACGGAAGCAUACCAAAGAGUUUGAGUUUUAUUGCAUGGCCUGUGAUUAUUAUGCAGUGACUCGCCGAGAGAUGACUCGGCAUGCAGCCACAGAGAAGCAUAGGCUGAAAAGACAGUCUUACCUCAGCUCUUCCAGUGUCGAAGCCAGUUCUUCAGAAAUGCCCAAAAGUGUCAUUAUACCUGAAGAGGAACCUUUGCAACAUCCUGAGGAAUUUCAGAUCAUGUCAGACCAACCCUCUGGUCCUCCUAAGUGUAGAAAUGCUGCUGAGAGUUCUGUUUUAGAUGAGCAAUCUAACUUAGAUAUUUCUAAAGUUCUCUGUGCUUCUGACUCAGAAAUCGUGACUGAGGAAGAACCCAAUUUUAGUGAAGACCAUUCCUUUUGUGAGACUUUGCAACAGCCCCUUGUUAAGGAUAAAGGCAUGAAACCAGAGGGCAUCAUGGCCCUGACCAUUUCCUCUGGUUAUGGCUCCCCAAGCUGUCUUCAAAACAAAGAUUCAGGAAGCUCUGCUGUGAACUGUGAGAUAGCAAAGAGAAACCACAAUGCAUUGAAUGAUGCUGGUGGUCCAGCUACACACUGUGAAGGUGGCAGAAGCAACUCAAAGGAUAGUGGAGCCGAAGUCCUUGACCCACCUCUCCGUCCUGGGGUCCUAGAUGGUCACCGUGCAGUUGAAAGCACUUCCCCUGUGGUGAUGAGUGUAACAAGAGAGUCGCUGAACCUGGAUUGUGGUGGUCAGAACAGACUUGGAUGUGUACAGAGUUCAGAAGAUGUGAAAGCUGUCCAGCCAGACCCCACUCUGGAGAAUAAGGCAGUUCUGAUGAAUUCACACCAUGAAGCUGAAAUCAUCUUGGAAGAAGAUGGUCCCACAUCUGAUGGCACAGUAGAGAGUACUGAUGUUUACGAGACGAUAAUCGGCAUCGAUGAUAAAGAGCAAACCAUGUACAGUUUUGGCCGUUUUGAUUCUUCCAUAAUUAGAAUAAAGAACUCAGAAGAUGGUGAAAUGAUAGAUCAGUCAGAAGAGGGUGUGAUGGCAGUAGGGGUGGGAGACAAUGAGUUGCCCCUAAAAGACUGUGCUCCAAGCUUAAAAAAGAGAAAACUUGAAGGCAGCUCCUUUGGCGAGUCCUCACGAAUCCGAUGUGAUGACUGUGGUUUCUUAGCAGACGGACUGAGUGGACUGAAUGUUCACAUAGCAAUGAAGCACCCUACGAAAGAGAAACACUUUCAUUGUUUACUGUGUGGAAAAUCAUUCUACACAGAAAGCAACCUUCACCAGCAUCUGGCUAGUGCUGGUCAUAUGAGAAAUGAACAGGCCAGCGUAGAAGAGCUUCCGGAGGGAGGGGCCACCUUUAAAUGUGUCAAAUGUACAGAGCCCUUUGAUUCUGAACAGAAUUUGUUUCUCCAUAUUAAAGGACAACAUGAAGAACUGCUACGGGAGGUGAAUAAGUAUAUAGUGGAAGACACUGAGCAAAUCAACCGUGAGCGAGAGGAAAACCAGGGAAAUGUUUGCAAGUACUGUGGGAAGAUGUGUCGCAGUAGCAAUUCUAUGGCCUUUUUGGCUCACAUUCGAACCCAUACAGGAUCAAAACCAUUCAAGUGCAAGAUAUGCCAUUUUGCAACAGCUCAGCUUGGAGAUGCCAGAAACCAUGUGAAGAGGCACCUUGGGAUGAGGGAGUACAAGUGCCGCGUCUGUGGGGUCGCUUUUGUAAUGAAGAAGCACUUAAAUACUCAUCUACUAGGCAAACAUGGAGUUGGCACCCCAAAAGAAAGGAAAUUUACAUGUCACUUAUGUGACAGAAGCUUCACAGAAAAGUGGGCCCUGAACAACCACAUGAAGCUCCACACGGGAGAAAAGCCGUUUAAGUGUACCUGGCCCACAUGCCACUACUCGUUCCUCACAGCCUCUGCGAUGAAAGAUCACUACAGGACACACACAGGCGAGAAGUCGUUUCUGUGUGACCUCUGCGGCUUUGCCGGUGGGACCAGGCACGCCCUCACCAAGCACCGCAGGCAGCACACAGGUGAAAAACCUUUCAAAUGUGAUGAGUGCAACUUUGCUUCGACAACCCAGUCUCACUUGACUCGUCAUAAGCGUGUGCACACUGGAGAAAAACCCUACAGGUGUCCCUGGUGUGACUACAGGUCGAACUGUGCUGAGAAUAUCCGCAAACACAUUUUACACACUGGCAAACAUGAAGGAGUCAAGAUGUACAACUGCCCAAAAUGCGAGUAUGGCACAAAUGUCCCUGUGGAAUUCCGAAACCACUUGAAAGAGCAACAUCCUGACAUCGAGAACCCCGACCUCGCCUACCUGCAUGCUGGCAUCGUCUCCAAGUCCUACGAGUGCCGUCUGAAGGGACAAGGAGCCACCUUCGUGGAGACAGACAGUCCGUUCACAGCAGCCACCCUGGCAGAGGACUCACCUGUCAAGGAGAAGUCCCUGGGGAGCAGCGGCAGGCAGGCGCCGCCCCCCGAGCAGGUCCAGCAGGUCAUCAUCAUCCAGGGCUACGACGGGGAGUUCGCUCUGGACGCCUCUGUGGAGGAGACUGCUGCGGCCACGCUGCACACCCUGGCCAUGGCUGGCCAGGUGGCCAGGGUGGUUCACAUCACAGAGCACGGGCAGGUCAUCACCGCGAGUCAGAAUGGGGCACAUAUGGGCAGCAUGGUGCCCGGGCCCAUCCUCCCCGAGCAGCUGGCAGACGGAGCCACGCAAGUGGUUGUCAUGGGGAGCUCCGUGGAAGAUCACGGCGUGGGUGUGGAUAAAUCCCCAAGCCCAGGUGGCACUGUGAUACAGCAGGUGACCAGGCAGGAGAUUCUCAGUCUCUCUGAGCCUGGAGCCCCUCCCUCUGAUACCACCUCAGCCUUAGAUGCUCUGCUGUGUGCCGUGACUGAGUUGGGAGAGGCGGAGGACCGGGCUGGGCAUGAGGAGAAGGGCAGGCCCAGCCACAGGGACAUGCUGAUCCAGCUGCCCAGCCAAGAGGCAUCCCAAGCCGCGGUCGACCCUGAGGGCCCAGAGGUUCAGACGUUCCAAGAAGAUCAGGAGAGUCCCACAGCCAUGGAAGUGCUAACCCAAGUUGUCCGGCCCUCAACUAUCAUCACGUCUCAGGAGCGAGCCCAGGUGGCCUUCAAGAAGAUGGUCCAGGGAGUCCUUCAGUUCGCUGUGUGUGACACAGCCGCUGCCAGCCAGCUGAUGAAGGAUGGUGUCACCCAGGUCAUCGUGAAUGAGGAGGGCGCUGUCCACAUGGUGGCUGGGGAGGGCCAGUUCAUCAUGCAGGAGACUGAGGCCCACGGCCUGAGGGUGCCUGCCGAGCAUGUGGACCUGGUAGAAUCGGAAGGGGAGAUCUCGCAGAUCAUCGUGACAGAGGAACUGGUCCAAGCCAUGGUCCGGGAGUCCAGUGGCAGCUUCCCCGAGGGGGCCACUCACUACAUUGUGACAGAACUGCCCCCGGGGGUCCAGGAGGACGCUGGCAUGUACUCCCACACUGUGAUAGAGACGGCUGCCUCUCCAGAGAUCCUGCAGGCUGGGGCUGCCCUCAGCACAGAGGCUGUGCACACGAACGGCACAGAACAGUUGACAAGUAUGGUCAUCUACACCCAGGACGGCACUCCGGCAGCCACAGUGAUUCAGAGCCAAAGAGAAGGCAGUGAGCUCCAGUAGGCCUCCGUGCAGGGCGCAGGGCGCAGGGCAGUGUGCGGAGAUCUCACUUGGGCCAGAGGCUCCUGAGCCCGGCUUGUAAACCUUCCUGGCAUUGACCUCAGCCGAGUGCUGAACACGCCCUUCCAGUGGGGGCAACUUAUAUCAGCUGCCAAGUAGGCACCCAAGGAUGGCUCAGAGCCAGCCCACACAUACGGUGCCCAGCACAGUGGAAAGAGGGAAGGGCAGGGAGAGUCCUGGUCCAUCACUGGGCCCUUGGCUCACGGCCUUGCCCCGACCCACCAUUGCGCUGAGAAGCGGUUUUCCCUAGGUUUUUUCCCACACAAAUUUCCUGGUUUAGUCAUCAAAAGAGGGGCCCCCUGAUGGGAAGUCAGCAGUGGCUCCACUGGCCUCAGACCAUCUGCUGAAAGUCGCAGCUAAGAUGGUCACUUGAAGCAGUGUACCUGUUCUUCUUUAGUAUUAGCAUUAUUGUUACCAUUUUAAUUUAGGAUGAUGGCGUCCCUGUUACCACAUUUCAAUACAAACGUUCUCUCUUCAAACAUGGUAGGUGUGUCCACUGCUGUGGUCACAGCCUAAGAAGUCUUUUCCUGUGGGUAAGAAGAGCCUUGAAGUUCAUGUUCAACUAAGAUACAUCUUGAGUAAGACAGCUGACGCUUCUCAUCUUAAAUUCAUACCACUCUGGAAAAUAUCAUUCAUGUCAAUAUUUUGAUUUUUAUAACAAAUGUUUAUAUGCAUAUCAUUUUUUCAGGGUUUACUUGUGAGUCUCUGUGAAAAGCUGGCAUUAAAGAUGAACCAACAGAAAGCCCGCCCUGCUGCCCAUGCCUCAGCCAGCACUGUCUGUUUUGCUAUAGAGCCACCACAACUGUUGGAUGCAAGUUUAUGUUCCAGUCAUUUGUUUCUUGAAACCAUUGCUCGUAUUUUUUCAAAAUUGUAAACUAAUCCUCCUCCCCCAAAGGCGAAGUUGUUUUUGUUGUUUUCUUUGAAAUAAAAUUAUAACAUUAAAGUAA